UGAAUUAAUACGCAUUUUCGCAUUAAAUCGAGCCGGGAUCGAAAAUGGCUGGCUCAUCGUCGCGCAUACCGCUGUCGAUGCUGCUGCGCGACAAAGAGGCCGAGGAUGAGGAACCGAAGAAAAAGUCUCGGGAAGACUGGCGAAAAGCAAAGGAACUUGAGGAGGCGAGAAAAGCGGGAACAGCGCCAGCCGCCGUCGACGAGGAGGGUCGCGACAUCAAUCCGCACAUUCCGCAGUACAUUUCGUCGGUUCCGUGGUACUACAACACCACCGGUCCAACGCUCAAGCACCAGCGGCCACAGGACGAUCGGAAGGAGCACUGUUCCGGCAUCGACGAGUGGUACAAGCGGGGUGUCGACAGUACUAAAGUGGUGACAAAGUUCCGGAAGGGGGCAUGCGAGAACUGCGGUGCUAUGACGCACAAGCGGGUCGAUUGUAUGGAGCGACCGCGCAAAGUCGGGGCAAAGUUCUCCGCGAAACAAAUCGCUCACGAUGAGUUCAUUCAGCCGAAGAUUGUUUCCGAUUACGAUGGCAAACGUGAUCGGUGGGCCGGUUACGAUCCGGCCAACCAUCGGGAGAUCGUCGAGGAGUAUCUGAAGAUUGAGCAGGCGAAGCGCGAACUGCGGGCUCAGAAGCUGAAGGAAAAGCCGGAUUUGGCAGAAGAGGAGGGCGAGAGUGACGAAGAUAAGUACGUGGACGAGGUGGACAUGCCCGGCACCAAGGUGGACUCGAAGCAGCGCAUCACGGUGCGUAAUUUGCGUAUCCGCGAAGACACUGCCAAGUAUCUGCGCAAUCUCGAUCCCAACUCGGCUUACUACGAUCCCAAGACACGGUCCAUGCGCGACAAUCCGAAUCCCAAUCUCAAACCGGAAGAGACCGAUUUUGCGGGUGAAAAUUUCGUACGCUUUUCGGGCGAUAUACAGAAGCACGCCCAGGCACAACUCUUUGCCUGGGAAGCGUACGGGAAGGGUGUCGAUGUGCACGUGCUGGCCGAACCGACCAAACUUGAGCUGCUGCAGAAAGAGUACGAUAAGAAAAAAUCGCAGUUCAAGGACGAGGUGAAGAACACGGUACUUGAACAGUACGGCGGAGAGGAACACCUGGCCGUACCCCCGAAGGCUCUGCUGUUAGCGCAGACCGAAAACUACGUCGAGUACUCGCGGCAAGGUAAAAUCAUCAAGGGUCAGGAUAAACCCAUCAUCCGUUCCCGCUACGAAGAGGAUGUGUACAUCAACAACCACACCACCGUUUGGGGUUCAUUCUGGGGCAAUGGUGUUUGGGGCUAUCGGUGUUGCGAAUCUACGGUCAAGAACUCGUAUUGUGUUGGCGAAAAUGGCAAAGACUCGACCUUCAGCAAAUCAGUCGACACGGAAGUGUACACGGAAACGCACGGAACUCAUGAAGCUGCUGAAACGGACGGCAAUGUCGUGGAAAGCACCACGAAUGGACAGAACGUGGAAUCGAAGGUACCCUCGACAGGGACUGAUGAGAAGGCUCUUAAACAACUCCCUUCAGCUAAAGAGACCAUCGUCAGCGGAGGUGUCGAAGGUGCCAACAGCGGCAGCAGCAGCAGCAGCAGCGACAGUGACCAGGAAGCAGACGGACAUGUAUCAAAGAAGUCUAAAAAGUCGAAAAAGCAGCGAAAGAAGGAAAAACGACGCCAACAACGUGAAGAGCGCAAGCAACAAAAGCGGCAAGACAAGGAGAAAACCAAGCUGGAGCUGGCGCUCGAGGCCGAAGAGCGGAACCAGAAGCGUGGUGCCGAGCUACUGCGGCAGGACGAACGGAAACGACCAUAUAACAGCAUGUACGAGGCACGGGUUCCCACGGAAGAAGAAAUCGAAGCGUACAUGAUGAAGCGUCGCCGCGAGGAAGACCCAAUGGCAGCAUUUAUGGACAAGUGAACAUGCUCUAAAUCUGUUGGAAGAACUAAUAUGGGUGUUUGUAGAGUUUCUUCGAAAAACCAUUAAAUAAAUGUGCUUUUAAGCAACUAACUCAGCGUUAAAGCAAAUGUCGUAACAGUAGAACCGAAAGAGCUGCUUUUUACGAGGUACGUGAAAAGGCCGUCGUUUUCACAGAAAGUAA